CAUGGGGGUGGCGGGCGCCGAGCUGCCCGGCGGCAACGUCAGCGCCAACCAGAGCGCCGCCGACCCCACGCUGUCGCGGGACGUGUGGAUGGUGGGCAUGGGGAUCCUGAUGUCGGUGAUCGUGCUGGCCAUCGUCUUCGGCAACGUGCUGGUGAUCACUGCCAUCGCCCGGUUCCAGCGCCUGCAGACUGUCACCAACUACUUCAUCACCUCGCUGGCCUGCGCUGACCUGGUGAUGGGGCUGGCCGUGGUGCCCUUCGGCGCCAGCCACAUCAUCAUGGAGAUGUGGAAGUUUGGAAACUUCUGGUGUGAGUUCUGGACCUCCCUGGACGUACUCUGCGUCACGGCCAGCAUUGAGACCCUCUGCGUCAUUGCCGUGGACCGGUACUUCGCCAUCACCUCCCCUUUCAAGUACCAGAGCCUGCUGACCAAGAGCAAGGCACGCGUGGUCAUCCUCGUGGUGUGGGUGGUCUCUGCCCUCACCUCCUUCUUGCCCAUCCAAAUGCACUGGUACCGGGCAGACCGUGACGAGGCCAUCCUGUGCUAUGAGAAGGACACAUGUUGCGACUUCUUCACCAACCAAGCCUAUGCCAUUGCCUCCUCCAUCAUCUCCUUCUACCUGCCACUCGUGGUCAUGGUAUUCGUGUAUGCCAGGGUCUUCCAGGUGGCCAAGAAGCAGUUGCAGAAGAUAGACAGGAGCGAGGGGAGGUUUCACACCCAGAACAAGGAGCAGGAGCAGAAAGGGGGAGCUGGGCACCGCCGUUCCUCCAAGUUCUUCUUGAAGGAACACAAGGCCCUCAAGACCCUGGGCAUCAUCAUGGGCACCUUCACGCUGUGCUGGCUGCCCUUCUUCAUCGUCAACAUCGUGCACGUCAUCCAGGACGACAUCAUACCCAAGUACGUGUACAUCCUCUUGAACUGGCUGGGCUAUGUCAACUCUGCCUUCAACCCUUUGAUCUACUGCCGGAGCCCGGACUUCAGGUAUGCCUUCCAGGAGCUCCUGUGCCUCCGCAGGUCCGCCCUGAAGAUGUAUGCCAACGGCUACUCAAACAGCAACGGCAAGAGCGACUACAACGAGGAGGACAACGGCUACCCCCUGGCAUCGGAUAAAACCUGCGAGCUGCUCUGCGAGGAGGGCUCCUUCCCGCACCCCGAGGACUUUUUGCACUGCAAAGAGAUCCCUGGGUGUCCAGGAAUGGUUGAGAGCUGAAUGGGCUGACCUCUCUUCCUCACCAUCCUGAGCUCAUGAGGGCUCUGAAGAGAUUGAGUGGAGCACGGCCUUGCUUCUCUGAGCCUGGGGAUCCUGUGGGAAGUGAUUGGCAAUGUGGCAAAUGUCUUCAUCCCAACCCAUAGCCCAUCGUGCAUCACCUGAAGGAGAAGCUGAUGAAGGAUAACCAGAGGACCAGGAAAGGCUCUACUAGCCUCGGAGGACACAGAUGGAGGACCGGCACUAAAAGAAGCACUUUGCAGGAGUCACUGCAUAUGAAACCGGCUCUGGAAAAAAGCUACAGGAGCCCUGUGAACUGAAGGAGGUGAACGUCCAAGUCACCACAAAAGGUGCAGAGGGGUUUCCCUGGCACAGCAUCCUUGGAAAGCACUUUCAAAAGGGAAGGGGGUAUCAGGACCAUGUGGCCAUCUCCAGUGGCUGGUUUGGAAGAGGCACAGCAAGGUCACUGCCUUACAGUCAGGUCAGGAGACCAGCAGGACGUGCUCACAGCUGCCUGUGACGUCCUGGCUGGGGCUCCAGACAAAACCAGAAUCUGACCAAGUCUGAGCGAGAAGGAGUGUGGAAGAUUGCUUUGACUUAUUCUGUGCUUGUUUCUCCUUCUGGUGUCUUCUCUGUCUACCUCUUUUUUUCUCUAAGCCUACAUGUACUGCAUGUGGGGCCCAGACCCCCACAAACAAGCAGAAGUGUUAGCACAGGGCAAAUCCUACCCAGUGCACGACUGUGCUGCCCAGUGCAGUGCUGUUGCUAGAUGGGGCUGACAUUGCACAGUGCAGACGUAACGUGGCCUUCGUUUGCUCCUUAUGCCAACAAAUCUGCGACUGCAAUGCCUGGACUUCAGACAGGAGAAAGGCUUGAACCUGGCAAUCCUUUUACUUGCAAGUAGUCACAUGCUAGCGUGACCAGCCACACUUGGGAGCCAAGUUUAACACCCAAGCCCGAAAACAUUAUAGAGCAUCUGUCCCUCUCCUGUAGCUGUGGAAAUGAGCAUGCCGGCAGGCUGCAUGCUCAGCUCCUGCAUCUUGGAUUGUAAAAAACUCAUUAAGAGAGGAAAAGACAGAGACGGAGGGAGUGACAGGGGCUCAGGCAGAAAAUAGUAGGAAAAACUGAUUCAAAACCAUAGGAAAAUGUACACCUCUUAAUUGCAGGUGGCGUCCCAGCUGCAGACUGUCAUGCCCAGCUGGGCAGCUGCAGGUCUCUGUUCAAGGAGCUGCUACUGGAGGCCUGGGCAAAACGUGCUGGUACCAAACUCUGCCAGAAGCCCCGUCUCAGACCUUCUCUCCUGGGCUUCCAGCUGCAAACCCCUUCCCUCAUGUGCAAUCGUAUUUAUUUAUUUAUUUUCUUGCUGCUUGAUGCAAAGCUGCUAACAGAGCACCCUCCCCACAAACAUCCGCAGCUGAGAGAGGUCGGAGAGAAGGAGUGUGUGCUGUGUGUCUGUGUGACGGGAGCAGGCAAAGGGGCAGGUGUAUGCCUUGAGCGGGCCAGAUCCGGGCAUGCACACAGGCAGGAGGAAAAGGCUGCAAUUAAACCAGAAAUACUUUCCCUGGGGUGAGUGUGCAAUUUUGAUCUUUCAAGAAUUAAGAACAGGCUGGGCAAACCUUUGUUGGGAAGGGCAGCAGGACAGCUGUAGGCUGCAUAAGCUCUGCAGUGCCCCUCCAGCCAGAUUUUCUCCGUGCAGCUGUGCUUGUGCAGGGUAUGCGUCUCUGUGCAAGUUGCUUGCUCAGAUCAUGUCCUCCCAGCGCUCCCAGCUGUAAUGAAGCAAACUUAGUAUGCAUACAUCCUGGCUUUGGACACUUGCAGGGGGCCAUAUCCCCAGCCAGGCAAGUUCCCACCAGUGUGCUCACAGAGGUUUAAUACCUGGCAGCCUUUUCUGCUCUGUCCAAAAGAGAUAUCCGUGUACAGACCCAUUUAACACAGCCAGUCUGAGACCGGCAGGCGCGAGCCUCUCUAGACAAUGCUGUAGCUGUGCUGUAACGGUUCAUGCUCAGCCUUGGCUGUUCCUACCCAUUUUGCUAAAAAAACUGGCACACCAGCAGCACCUGCUCGUGGUCAGGUAUCCCAUUUUAUGGAAAGUCUGUGUGUCCCAGUGCAGAGGGGAACCGUUUCUUUGGGAGAGGGGGGCUCUCCCAUGCCCUGCUGCUUUCCCACAGCUCCCACACUCAGGAGGGAGCCAGGGCACCUGGGCAUCCCUUGGCAGGGCUCCCGGCUGCUCCAGGGGAGCCUGGCUUCUCCCAUACCCUUCCCUCUGAGAUGCCCCAUCAAGGCUUUGUCCAAACCUGUUUGGCUGCUGAAUGGAAAUAUUUCCCAACCAAAAUCUGUUCCUCAGAAGAUUCCUGGCUGGCUCUAGUCACUUAUUAUGUACUGGAAACACUGCCCUUGGGAUUAGUUUUCAGGUUAGAGACACGCAUGUGAUUGUUGUAGUUCUUUUUCUCACAGAUCCUCUCAUGUGCAAGAGCAGGUUGCAGUACGUGCAAUGGAUGCUCUUGCUCUGAUAAUUUGCCAGCAUGGCCCAAAAGCAGUGACCUGCUUAUUGCUCAUUGCUUCCUUGCAGAGUUGUAAGAGUUGGAGAUAGAAGAGAUGUAUUACAAAUCCAUCUGCCUAUGACCCUUCAGGCUUGUUCCAUAUAUUACAUUUACUGGUGGUGUGCUGGGUCUAUUUUUAAAUGCCCUGACACCAGGGUUAUUGUGCUGUCCUUUGGGAGAUUGCUCUGUAGUACAAGUCAGGAGCUGCUGUUAGUAUUCCACCUGCAUUUCCUCCUGAAAACUUCAUUCCAUUAUUCCUAGUGAUGCUCUUCAAAUUCCUGCUGCUCAUUAUGUCCCGGUCAGGCUCUACCACUUGACCUGCGCUCCUCUGUCCUCCUCCAAGAACCUUUCUGGCUCCCUGAUCGCUGCCGCUCCCUGUCCUCCCUGUAGUUUGGCACAGAAUGAGCCUGUUUGUUGUUUGUUAAUUCAGCCAUGCAGAGUUUGUCAGGGAUCCGUACCCACUGUACCCAUCCGAGCAGCUGGGACCUCUGGCAAUGCCCUGUCUCCCCAGCGGCUGUGGAGCUCGUCUCUCCCUCAUUGCAAAGCAUGUGGGGCGCACGAAAGGGGCAGACACAGAGAUAUGUCCGAAAGCAGACCAGCGUUGGCAAUGAGCACUCAUAUCCUGCGGGGAACGAAUGCCUGCUAGGGACAGUACACAACAAAGUCUCCAUCUCAGUGAAGCCUGAGCUGAGCAAUGGAUGUGGGUGAUGCUCCAGUAUUGCCUGUGCAGCCGUACCGGGGAUGAGUGGGGAGCAGAGGUCCGUGCCGUGGCAGGGAGCUGUGGUCUGUCCUGCCUGGAAGUCAUAUCCAUGAGCUGGAGCCACAGCUCCACACAGAGGGAGCCCCGUGCCCCGUGAGCAGCACGGGGGCUCAGCAGGCUCAGUGCACGUGGAGCGCUUGCUUGGGGAGUCUUUGUGUGCAGCACUCGGCUGGAGCACCAUUGUGAUUGUAAGAGCUCUGUUCUUCUCACCGAACAAAUUGUUCCUACAAAUAAAGAAUGAAAAGUC